CUCUCAGUCCAACGUGGUUCCUUCACCCAGGCUGCUUGCUGGUCCUUUCCCUGCUUACACUUGUUGGAUUGCAUCAGCAGAGCAAUAAAGGCCUGUGUUGAAAUAGCAACAGACUCUUCGCUUGAAGUUUGCCUCUUGACCCAGAGUUGAAGAAUGUGAGCAGGACAGUGUGGUACCUUCUUCUAAUAAAUGUAAAGUAUUCAUGAGGAAUCAAAGAUGAAUUUGGAACAGGAGAGGCCUUUUGUCUGCAGUGCCCCAGGCUGCUCACAGCGUUUUCCAACAGAGGAUCACCUGAUGAUUCACAGGCACAAACAUGAAAUGACUUUGAAGUUUCCUUCACUGAAAACAGAUAACAUGUUAUCAGACCAAACUCCGACACCAACCCGGUUCCUAAAGAACUGUGAUGACGUGGGACUCUUCAAUGAUAUAGACUGUUCCUUAGAGCAUGAGUUUAGAAAGGCACAAGAAGAAGAGAACAAUAAAAGGAAUAUUUCAAUGCAUAACGCUGUUGGAGGAGCUAUGGCGGCACCGGGGACGCACCAGCUCUCAAAUCCAAGGAUGCCAAACCACGACACCAGCAUCGUUAUUCAACAAGCCAUGCCAUCUCCGCAAUCGAGUUCCGUCAUAACACAAGCACCUUCCACGAACCGGCAGAUUGGGCCUGUCCCAGGCUCAUUAUCGUCAUUACUGCAACUACACAACCGGCAACGACAGCCAAUGCCUGCCUCUAUGCCUGGGACUCUACCGAAUCCUACCAUGCCUGGUUCCUCUGCCGUUUUGAUGCCCAUGGAGCGACAGAUGUCCAUGAACACCAACAUAAUGGGAAUGCAAGGCCCAAACCUCAGCAACCCGUGCGCUUCACCGCAAGUCCCUCCAAUGCACUCAGAAGCCAAAAUGAGGUUGAAGGCGGCGUUGUCUCAUCAUCCUGCAGGGAUGUCAAAUGGAAAUAUGAACAGCAUGGGCCAUAUGAUGGAGAUGAUGAGCUCCCGGCAGGACCAGACAGCGCACCACCAUAUGCACACACAUCCGCAUCAGCACCAGACGCUUCCACCUCAUCACCCGUAUCCACACCAGCACCAGCACCCAGCACACCACCCUCAAACGCAUCACCAGCAGAACCACCCGCACCACCACUCCCAUGCUCACCUUCAUGCGCACCCAGCGCAUCAUCAGACCUCGCCACAUCCACCCCUGCACACAGGCGGGCAAGCACAGGUCUCAGCAGCAGCCCAGCAGAUGCAGCCCACACAGACGAUACAGCCGCCUCAGCCCACUGGGGGGCGCCGAAGGAGAGUGGUGGACGAAGACCCAGAUGAGAGGCGGCGGAAAUUUCUGGAACGAAACCGAGCAGCUGCCACACGCUGCAGACAGAAGAGGAAGGUCUGGGUGAUGUCACUGGAAAAGAAAGCAGAGGAACUCACCCAGACAAACAUGCAACUUCAGAAUGAGGUUUCCAUGUUGAAAAACGAGGUAGCACAGCUGAAACAGUUAUUGUUAACACACAAAGACUGUCCAAUAACAGCCAUGCAGAAAGAAUCGCAAGGAUACCUAAGUCCUGAAAGCAGUCCUCCUUCAAGUCCUCCGGUCCCUGCCUGCUCCCAGCAACAAGUCAUCCAGCAUAACACCAUCACAACUUCAUCAACGGUCAGCGACGUCGUCGGAAGCUCCACCCUCAGUCAGCUCACAAGCCACAGAACAGAUAUGAAUCCCAUCCUUUAAAACCUGUCGGUCAGGAACUGCUAUGAAAAAGUGAUAGGGAAAUAUCAGAUUUCCUUUCUGGUUUAAAGGCAUUUCCCCGCCCUCAAAGUUAUAUCAGAUCUGGAGGACUCUUCAGCCCCCAAGAGACUAUGAGUUCCAAUUUUAUAGUUUAUAAAAUGUCUUUUAUACUUAGUAAUAAUAAAGGGAGUUAUGCAAUGACUAUGCUAUCAGCUUGGGGAAUGCUUUGGUGCUUUCUCUGGUUUUUACUGGUACCAGUUGUUUGUUUGUAUUCUUUGUUUGUUUGUUAUGUUUAAACCAAACUGUUCCUGUACAUAAUGAUGUUCCUUCUCACCACUGCAAACUGUUACAGCGGAAACGUGUUAAAGGGCCACUUGUUAGCCAAAACAAAGCUUGAGAAGCAUUAAGCAGCCACACACUGGCAACUAGGCAUAAUUGGACUAUAAAUACAUGAAAAAGUCUGGUUGAUAGCAUAAUAUGUUUCUUUCUUUCUUUCUUUCUUUCUUUCUUUCUUUCUUUCUUUCCUAUAGCACCAGGCUCUAAAACACAUCCAUAGCUUUGCAUAUCCAUGUUCCGUUUUGAAAAAUGUUUCCAUUCUUUACAUAGAUUUUACUCAAAAAUGCAAAUUAUGGCAAUGCGCCCAACUGGUCCUGCUCUCCAUCUUGUCUCCCUUUGUCCAACCUGUUUAUCAUCUGUAAUUCUCCAUGCAUAGAAUUUCACUUGGGAUUUCAGUGUGUUGUGGCACCAAGUUUCAAUCCUACAGAAUGUUUGGCUCUUCCCCCACCCCCCCUUUCCCUUUAUUUUGGUAAAAUCCGGUUUCCUUAGCCUGCUUGUUUCCAGAUGAAUGUUUGAAAACAUGUGGGUGGUCCGUUCUGUCACUUUCUUAACAUUCUCUCAUCCAGAAGUCCAAAACCUCUAGCCUACCACCACGAUGCCAUUGAAAUGAUUUUUGAGCUUCCACUGUGUUUUCUGUCCCUGUCCUUCCCUCUGCAUCUUCCGUUUCUAUUCACAAUAGUUUAAGCAAACUAUUGUCCUCCUUUUUAAGCAUCUUUAUUGUGCUUAAUACUAACUCUGCAAUCCUAUAUAUACCCAACUUAGAAGUAUAUCUCGUUGAGUUCAGUGGGGCGUUCUCUCAGGCAAGUGGGUAUAGGAUCGCAGACUAAAGUUCUUAUUCCUAUUUCUUGCUACUUGCACAAUUUUCUGACAGUAUUCAAGAAACCGUAAUGCCUCCAGGCCCACCAGCCAUUUACCCAGAAACAGCUGCUUGGUCACUGUUUUCAAUAGCCACUUAUCCACAGCUGCACUGGCUUUUGCUUUGUCAAAAAAAAAAAAAGAGGGGGGGAACCCACAAGGGGAGGGAAAAAACCCUCCUCAUACAUUUUAUGAUCCUGAUUUAGUGUUUUUAAUAAAUAGUAAAAGUUAAAAGCAGUUUAACCACAGGUGAAGUCUGCUUGUAAGUCAUCAGUGCUCGGGAAACUCUUGUAAGAUUUUUGUUGUAAAAAUUCAUGGCAUAAGAGGAGGGCAGAUCUCAUUAUGUCACUCGCAGUUUUCUGUUGCGUUGCCAGUCAAUAAAGAGCAAAACAUAUGCCAAAAUCCAGGAAACUGGGCGUAGGGAUGGGGGAGGAAUUUGCACAACGCAGAUUCCAAAGCAGAGUCACUGGAUCUGAUCUGGGUGGAUCAUGAGCUGGAUUGGAUCAAUGGUCCACUUCAGAAUCUGCAGUCUGCCAGAUUCCUAGACAAGGCAUUCCAAGGGAAACAGUAUGGGAAAAGUACAGUUGUCAACUGUUAGAUUCAGUAUACGGCAGCUUCCCUUGUUCUUAACAAGACUUACUUCCAAGUAAAUAUGCCUAGGAUUACCGUGUAAGAUUCUUGUUUUCUUAUACACAUGAAUCCUGAGUCGUUUUACCUACCUAGUCGAUGGGAAAUUAUUCUUGCCAUGAAUUGGUUUUUCUUAAAAACACAUAAGCAACUGAACCCCUCAAUGAAAGCUGCAUUGCCAUAUUUCCUUGGGCUAGAAUGGAUUUCCUUAGGCCAAGGAACUGCCUUAAAACGUCAAAAAGUCUUUAGAUUUUCUGUUCGUUGCUUUGAAAAUUACACAUAGUCCAGAUUCACACACAAUGAAAAUUUCCUCUUUGGUGCAUAAUGUUCAGCAAGCCUUGCACUUGCACCUCCCCUCCUUUUGCAUAUGUCAGAGCUGAUCAAAGCGUUUGCUUGCCAUUUUAAAGUAACCACACUUCCCCAUGACAUCUGAACUCAGGAAACUGCGCCUGAACUAUAAUUAGUAUGGGUUACAAACAAAUCAAACUGCGGUUUCGAAUUCUGGUUUGUUCUCAAACCGUGGGCUGAGAUCCAAACUAACAUGAGCAGACGUCUGGCUUAUGUAGUGAGGCUUCUUCAUCUUCUCCUACAGCUCCCCACCACCACCACGCCCCCAAAAUCUGCUCUGAAGGGUUGAGGAGGAACUUUGGGCAGCAGAUUUUUGGGGGUGCAUGGGGAAUAGAGAGGGAGAAGACAAGCCAGAAGUUCAAUUGAGCAAGUGGAUUUCCAUUGAAUGCCACCCAUAGUUUAAGCAAACCACAGUAGCCCGAGUUCAGACAUCACAACAGAACUGUGGUUAGUUCAAAAUCAAAAGCAGGUACUUUCAGUUUCAUCCUGGUGUGUGUUAGAGAAGGUAAAUGGUAGGGCAUGAUCCUGAGGUUCAUCUAUACAUGUAAUGGGAAACCAUGGUUUCCCAGUAUGUCUGGACCAAGCUACAGAAUACAAAUCUCAUCAUUUUGAAUGGCAUUACUAAAUAUAUUUAAAAUGCCUAUAUAGCAUUUCAUAUACAUUUUGUUCUGAGGCCGACAUUAGAGAUGUAUACUGUGUAUACAAAAUACACUGGGAGUUUUAAAAGGAAAGGAUAAAUAGGUGUUAUUUUCAAACAGGUAAGAAUCGGUUGCUGAAACAACUAGGGAACUUGCCCGCCUGAUUUCUAGCAGCUCCCUAGGGCAGAAUCAAGAUCCCAUGCUCCCCCAUGAUGUUGCAAAUGAUGCUUUGUAUCCUGUGGUAGAGAACUUUAUGAUGAGCUCACACUAAUCCUUGUGUGAUCAUACGUACUCUUCAUUCUACAACUAACUAGACUCAGGUGCAUCAAAACAAACUCAUCACGUUAUGCUCGUAAUUACAAGUCUGUCGAAAAAGAUAAGUGUGUCAUUCUUCAUUUCCAGGCUUCGGAUAACUCUGACCUAUCUUCUCUCUCUUAUAGGUAGCCUUGCUUCAUAGUAUCACAUCCACAACCCCUCACAUUCACAUGAGGAAGUGAAGGCCACUUUCUCCUCUCUCUUUAUUUUAACUGUGUUCUACAACUGGAGGCCAAUAAAUUUAUUUCCCCAUCCCCUGACUUUCAAUUGCAAUACUGCUCUGGUGAUAUCGGCGCCUUAGCCAUUUCUCUGAGCAUUGACAAAAUGGCGGCUAAUUAUGUCUGCAUACAACUGUUGAACUUGGUUCUUAUUGCUUUCUAUUGAUGCUUCCAUGGUAGGUUAUUGUGAACUCAGCGUUGCAAUUUUUGCAUCUGCACAACAUUGUCCACAACCAACUGCCGUACCACAUCCCCCCCCCGGCACUGUUUAAUCCAGAUUUCCCAUUGCUGGAGCAGUUCCAAGAAGUAAAAAAAAAAAAACAGAAGAAAUGGUAAAA